AACACCUUCUUUAUUUUUGGUUUGUAACAGGGCUGUGAGUCCUUGACACGAGAGGAAAAUCGAACAAACUUACUGAAGCCUGGCCGCCAUACUCUACCCCCACGACCACGCGCCCGGCGGAUCUGCCCACCUCGCGGUUUCUCGUCCGCGCCGCCGUCCGGCCGACCGCUCCGCGAGCCCGCGCUUCAGCGAGGAUGCAGAGGCCGGGGGAUUUCAAGCUUCCCCCCUUCUUCAGCUACCCGCCCUACUUCACUUUGCAGCCUGUGAGAGAAACACGCGAAAAGCAAGUGCAGCUAUGGAAAGAUCUGAUACUUGAUUACUGUAGAAAUCAAAAGAUGUAUAUUAUCUCCCUCGAAGAAGAUUUUCCAUUGUUCUCCAAUCCAAAAAUUGAGAGAUCUCUAAGCUAUGAAGCAAAGGAAGUGUUCCUUGCAGCUCUUGUUAGUGAAGGGCGCGCUGAGUGGAUUGACAAAAAUCACAAGAAGUGCCUCAUUCUUUGGCUGCGGAUUCAAGAUUGGGCCAACUACAUAUUAGAUUUUGUGAAGGAAAGUGGGUUGGAAGUGACAACAAUUGAAGAUAUACGAUCUGGAAUUGAAACACAUGGAACUGAACUUGCGGGAAUUGAUCGUGGCGUCCUCAUGCGGGCUUUGAAGCUGCUGGAACAAAAGGGAAAGGCAACUAUCUUCAAGGGCACUUCAGCGGACGAUGAAGGUGUCAAAUUUUCAGUUUAAACAUUGUGCGGUCCCUGACUAACAGAUGAUUAAUCUCGAUGGGUGUCCUUGAACUUUAUGCGUCCCUUUUUACCCAAGUAUUUAUGGGAAUAUUCUCAAUAUAUUAGGGCUUGUUGUUUGAAAUGGAGUAUAAUAAAGGAGCUUUUAUUUGUGGAAGAAAGGAAUAAACUCCUGGAAAUUCAUUAUAA